AUGUCGGAAACAGCUACAAACGUCAACCAAAAAUCACUAGGCGGAAUCCGAACGAGGCUAUCCCAAAUUGUCAGAGGGCUUAUCGAUCGAGUGAGAAGGUCUCGCAGGACGCAGACCUCAAUAAGCGACAGCAGAUACUCCUCAUCCUUGAUCGCCGAAAGUUCUAGCAGCCAGCCACACUCAUGGGAUACACAAUCACGUAUCGAUGAUCCUCAAACUGUUUUUGACACUCACGGGUUCGCAGCGUUGAUCCGAGUGGACGAGACUUCCGAUGGAAUUUUUCAACCCACAAUAACGUAUAGUCUUUGUGUAUCUUACUCACAAGCCCUGGUGUCCAGGCCUGAUGGUCGUAGAACUUCAGCAGGAGAUGAUACACUUGACAUAUUCGACAGACUUCAACAGCCAAAUUUUGCCGACGAAGAGACGCAGCAUGAGUGGGUUCGGACGGUUUUGGAGUGUCAUCGAAACCUUCAUGAUGAUCUAAGUGACAAACUCAAAUCACUUUCUCGCCUAGGAUCGACAGAUAAAUUGAUACAGAUCAAUAAGAUCUGUGGCUCAUUGGGAGAUACGUUGUCGGCUGUGAAAGAAUACCCAAGCUUAGGUAUGGUGGUUUGGUGUGACAACAGAGAGAUUUAUGAAUUUUUGGUCAAGACCAGUAGUUUCAACUUCGAUCCGAAGGAGUACGAGUGCCGACGUGUCGAUGAAGGCACACGGUUUGAAGAUAGACUUGAUGGAACUGUUUAUGAAGACCCGCCGAGGGGACGGACACUGUUAAGGAGCAAGUAA